UAUACUUAAACGCUAUAUAUAGAGGAGUUAAUGACAAAUCGUUAUCAUUGUCUGUCUGGGUUUGAAGCGAGUAACUCGUUAGCUUAAGUGAUAAAGGCGUGAAGAUGAUCGAGACUAAAGUUCCCGCGUUUGCUGAGUUGAGCGAGUUCGCGAGUAUAGGGUCUGGCGGAGAAGUAGUGUUCGCAACAGACGAUUUCUUUGCAACAUGUGAGAACAUGAUAGCAGAUAGUGAGCCAAUAUUCAUUGAGGAUAAAUACACGGAGUUCGGCAAGUGGAUGGAUGGGUGGGAGACCCGUAGAAAGAGGGUUGCUGGCCACGAUUGGUGCAUCCUGAAGUUGGCGACCAAGUGUGUUGUUCGUGGAUUACUAGUGGACACAGCAUUUUUCACUGGGAACUAUGCACCUAAAUACUCCAUACAGGCUGCCUGCUUAACCCCUGAAGAAGAAGAAUCGAUACCAAAGAGAGUCUCUGAAAUGGGUACGGCGUGCAACAAAUUCGACUUGAAACAUAUCGAACGACUUAAGUCUGACAAAUGGGAUGAAUUAGUGCCCAUAACAGCCCUGCGGCCAGGCUAUGAAGAAACUAGACUUAAUUUCCAGAAGGUACUCAGUGACGAUGCUUGGACUCAUAUUCGUGUGAACAUUUAUCCCGAUGGAGGGAUUGCUCGUCUGCGAGUGUUCGGGGAAGCUAAACCCGAGCCGCCUCCGAGAAAUCAAAUUAUAGACCUAGUGUCUCUGCUAAAUGGCGCUGCUUGCCAAGGUUUCUCAAAUGCCCACUACGGACACCCAAAAAACGUAAUCAAGCCUUCUAAAGGAAAAUGUAUGUCUGACGGUUGGGAGACGGCGAGGAGACUGGAUAGACCGAAUAUUAUAGAGGCCAAUGAUGAUGGAACUAUGAAGACUACAGGUCAAGAAUGGGCGGUCUUCAAAUUGGGCUUCCCGGGGCACAUUAAGCAAAUUUGUGUGGACACCAACCACUUUAAAGGCAAUUAUCCUGACUCCGUGAAGAUUGAGGGGGCGUACUUAGGCCGGGGCGACUGGUAUCCAGAAAUUGACGCCAACUGGCAUAAUAUUUUGAAGCCUAGUAAGCUAUCGGCCCAUAAUGAGCAUUGGUUUGACUGUGAAUCGAAUGUCAUCACACACAUUAAAGUAACGAUGGCGCCAGAUGGUGGCUUCAGCAGAAUUAGAGCGUUCGGUUAUAUCAGCGAACAAAUUAUUUGAGAGUUUUGGGUAAAUGGUUGGAGUACAUAGCGUAAUAUAUAAGUCAGGCCUUUAUUUUCAAAGGCAAAGAGAUGUUUUAACUAUCACUUAUUACCAGUUACGUCAUUGAGGACGAGCUUAUAAUAAUAUCUUCACAUUGGAUCCCUUUGUAACCAGAUCUAGGAAUAGAAGUUAAAACCGUCUUAGUAGAAGACUAUUUGACUAUGUCAUUGUGUAUCUGUAGUUAGCUGAGAAGGAAACGUAUUUUGAAGCUAGUAUAAGCGUGCAAUGUACAAUGUCGCGGAAACCCGAGUACUAGUUCCAAGGGCCAUUGUACAGACGAGAACAGUCGUUCUUGGUUCCUACGUACGACACAGACUUAGAAGCGUAGCGACGUAAUAUCAGAGCUAAAAUUCAGUGAAGCAAAACCAUGUAUUGUUCUAAUAGUUGACAUUAUUUUAUGCUGUGAACUAAAUUGUAUAUUUUUGUACUAUAAUUCUCGUAAAUUAAUUAUGUUUCUUUGGUUUAUUUACCACCGUACUCAGAGUCAUUUAAUGGUUACUUAAUGAGUCAUUUAAUGAGUCAUUUAAUGGUUACUUAAACCAGUCCUUAGCAAUUGUUUUUGAAACCAAAGUUUUACUAAGGAAUAGUUUAAGGAACCAUUAAAUGACUCUAAGUACGGCUAAUCAGAGCCCUAUUUUGACUUGAAACCAAUCGAGUGAUAUCGUCGAAAAGUUAC